GCCGCCGCUACCGGAAACAGCCCGCCAUGGCGUCGUUCUUCCAGUCCUUCGGCGCCUCGCUGAUGCCCAAGCAGCUGUUGCGCUUUGCACUGUCGCGGCUUGAUCUGCUCGAUGCCCAGGCCCUCGACUUGGAGAAUCUCGACUUCGCCCUGGGCCGGAAUACCGUUCUCGAGUUCCGAGAUGUUGGCCUGGUCCUACAGAAACUCGAGAAGCUCCUGGGGCUCCCCCCAGCCUUCUCGCUGCGGAAGGCUAAGGUCCUCGUCCUUCGAGUUACGGUUCCCAUGGACUUCUACACGAGUCCUAUCACGGUCGAGGUAGACGGCGUGGACAUCCGCCUGAGGGUGACACACAAGCAGGCCAAGGAUCCGCAGCACGCCGCAAGGCGUGGAAAGGCUGCGGUUGCCUCUGACGUCGUGCCGUCAGCGGCAGACCUUGCCCAGGACUUCUUGGAGACCCAGCCGGUGGCGGAGAAGGAAGAGCUGGAACAGGCUCUUGCCGCCGAAAGCCAGGAUCUCGCCGCUUCCCUGGCCGUGAGCGAAGCCGGGAGCGAUGACAGCUCCGCGGUCGGCACUGGCCAGGGGCUAUCGCUGCCGGCUUUUCUGACCGGCUUUUUGCAAGGCAUCGUCGACAGGAUGCAAAUCCGUGUACGGCACGUCACCUUUCAGGUCGAUGUCGAGGUGCCGGGGGACCCCGGGGCUUCAGCUCCGGAACUGGUGACAUUACAGCUAUCGCUGGACACUAUAAACGUGGAAGGUGUGACUUCGCCAGGCCAGGCGUUAGACGAAGCCCCGGCGUUCGUGCCCAAGGAGGGCAAACGGCACGUUCUACUGGACAAUAUCCGAGCCGCCUUGAUUUCCGAGGCAAAUCUGUUUUCGUCCCUGGCUCACUCUCCCUCGAUGCCCUCGUCCGUCGCCUCGCCCUCGCCAGUAGUGGCUGAGACUUCCGUCUUUCCGAUGGCUGGGCUGGCGGGAAGUGCGAGCUCCGACUCGAUGGCUGGAGCUGAGGAUCUCUCGCAAAGCCGCUAUCUGCAGGGGGACAGCGAAGCGGCAUUCAACAUUCCCUACGACUUUGGGGAAAACAACAACCCGCGCCAGGCUGGCGAACCAGCUUCGCCCCUCUCUACCCCGAGAGCCUCCGUGCAUCGAGAUCCACCCCCCGCCGCCGUCGGCGAACAUGCAAAGUCGACAGUAUUCGAGCCGUCACGUGCGGCUUGGUCGACUUUUGAACGCGAAGCACAGUCGGAACCUUCGCUGCGGCCCCCCGAAGGGUUUUCGAUAUCGAAUGUCCCUUCCCCAGCUGCCUCCUUCCGCUCAGAAUCGUCCAACGGCAGUUCAGGCGACGCAGUCCCUGAAGAUUUGACACAGUCACACCUCUACACCCACGAGGAGGCUGAAAGCAUGUACAUGAGCGCUUUCUCUCAGGCCGAGUCCCUGAGGCUGCGCACCGGCAUGCCAGGAGCGUGGGACGCAGUCGACGACUCGGUUAACGAGCAUGGCGACGACCUGAGUACACUAUUCGCAGAAACGCCCACAGCUCUCCACCUAGGGAACGAAACGAACGAGCACUUCGCCGCAAGCUCGGUGCAACGGAUAACACAGGAACAGUCUGAAAUACAUGACGAAGGCUACCCUGAUGAUAAUGCUACUGGUCUAGGCGGACAACAGCCGGCCGCCGAGGAGUUCGAUCCCCCUCAGGACGAUGCACCCACCCCUCGCGGGCCAACUCGUUUGGUCAAAGAGAUUGUUUCUCUCGACUCUGUUUCGAUCUACCUGCCAUCAACACAUGAGCACACCGUUGCCGCCGUUCCUGACCUAGGAAAGUCAAUAUCCCCAAAUCUUCCAGGAGCAUUCUCAGUGCAUUCCGCAGCGGCUGCCAGUCCCAGGCUUCUGCCGGCCAGCGAGCCGCCCGCUGAAAAGCUGCCCAUUGAUCCAUCCAUCGAGGUUAUCCUGAAACCCAUCGAAGUCCGCUUCGAUGCCUCGAUCGGAUUUUUGCUGGCCAUGGUUGUCGGCCGCCUCCUGGAAGCCGCCCGAGGUGAAUCGAGCGAGCCUGCAGGCUCCGGCUCGACGGCCGCGAAGCCUACUGCCAAGACUCCGGAUUUCAAAGUUACCGUAGAACAGCUGUCUGUGCUGUUCCUGGAGAAACUCGCAGGCGUUUCUGACGUCCCCCACAGGAGAUAUGGGGAGAAGGCAACUGAGAUCAAUGCGGAUAUCCUGCUCCAAGCGAGUCUAGUGAACCUCCAGAGCUCGGUGUCUACCGAAGGGCCGCUGACACAGGCGAACCUCACCGUCGAAAAGCUGAGGCUUGGCUACGCGAAUGACGACAUCAUCUCCUUUGAUCGGUCCGUCCAGAUGUCCGAGUCAAUGGCGAGCACUUUCCCCUCCGCCGGCCAGGAUAUCUCUGUCAAGGCCACGAUGAGCCCCGAUACUUCGCGAAUAGAGAUAAACACGCUACCACUCCACGUUAGACUGGAUCUCCAGAGGCUUGACGAGACCUUUAGCUGGUUCGGUGGGCUCAGCAGCUUCCUUAACAUGGGGGCGUCGAUCACUUCGAACGCAUCGAAAGGCGGCAAAAAUCCGGCCAAAUCGACCCAGACGACUAGGGGUGUCCGGUUCGACGAGGCUGUCCAUCCCAACCAUCGGACUGUGGCCAAGGAGAACAAGACCGAUUUGCGCAUCAAUGGGCUUCAGGUUGAUGUGGUCGGGAAGGACUGCAGCGUCGUGCUCAACACGAGCGCGCUCAAACUUGUCAACAGGGAAGGGAUGCUCGGGGUUCAUUUCAGCAAGAUCCGGUUGAUGGGGCCUUACGUCAAGAGCUCCAGAGCCGAGGCCCCAAUUGUAGCCGAGAUCGUGGACACGAGACUCGAAUAUCUGCCAUUGCCUCGGACCAAGGAUCUCGAGAGGCUGCUGGAGCUGAUCACGCCGUCUAAGAUCAAGUUCGACGAGGACGAGGACGAGAUCAUGGUCGACACACUUCUCAGGCAACGACGAAAGGGGCCGGUGCUGUCCUUGACCGUCGGCAAGGUCAGGGUCGAUGCUGGCAACCUGCAGCAGCUCAGCUGCCUUCCAGGUCUGGCCGACGAUCUCGCUAAGCUCGGGACCGUUGCGAAGUACCUCCCCGAGGAUGACCGACCGGGACUUCUGACCCUGGGCCAUAUCAAGAGCGUCGAAUGUCGUGUCGAUGUUGGCGGGCGGUUCGGUGCCGUUCAUACAUCCCUCGCGGACCUGGAAGUCGCUCAUAUCACGGUGCCUGCCUUGAUCGCUGUCGCCAUUGGCACGGCUACCGUCACGCGUAACAAGAUUGAGGAGCUCAUCGGGACCUCGCCAGCGCCGACCGCUGGCUCCUCGACGAAGCCGCCGGUCUUGAUGAUGAGGUUGAUUGAUGAAAUAGAACCCGUCCUCAAGCUCAAGCUUAUGGGGCUGAGCGUCGAGUACAGGGUGACGACCAUCAUGGACAUGUUGGAUCUCGCCGAUGAUGCAACACCACAGGACUACGAGGCCGUUCUCGCCGCUUCUGUUGCGGACCUCGGCAACCAUGCCCAUGCCGCCAUCAAGAGUGCUCCAUCGGGAUCGCCAACGCCGUCGAAGCCCAUCAAAUUGGACCUGGCGCUCCGGGAUUGUCUGAUCGGCCUCAACCCCCUUGGGUUGCCGUGCAAGUUGACCGUUGUGCUCACCGAUGCUCAUCUUGACGUGACGCCAGGGGCACAGGAGAGUCUGACGGCAGUAGCGAGCUUGAAGAGGGCCACUCUCUUGUUGAUCGAUGACGUCGCCAUCCUCGACUCGACGGGUGCUCCCUUUGCGCCAACGCGGCGACCGCACGGGGCUGCGUCACCGCAAGUCACCGAGCUGUGCGGGAAGGGGUACGUGAAUAUUUGCCAGAUUUCUUCGGCGGGCGCCACGAUCAAAACGGCAAAAGACGCCGAGGGCGAGACGCAGUUGGAAGUUGAAGUGCGCGACGAUCUCUUGGUGCUAGAGACGUGUGCAGACUCAACGCAGACUCUCUUCGCACUUUUCGGGGCGCUCAAACCGCCGACUCCGCCAAGCAAAGAGGUCAAGUAUCGGACGAAGGUCGUCCCCUUCACAAACCUGCUGUCUUCCCUCGGAGCUGAGGCUUUCGGGGGUGCGGAGGGCGACUAUGACUUUGACAACGACUUUGCCAUUGCUCAAGAGCUUGGUGGGAGCGCCAGCGACGACAGCGACUUUUACGGCGGAUCGAACGAUAGCCCGCUACAUCUCAACUCGCAUUACUACGAUGAGCCGGCUGGCCAGGAAGAGCUCUUCGACGCGACGUCUCGAUCGGCGGUGGCUGGGAGCACUCGGAUCGAAGACACUACCGACGGCGUCCUCCUCAGCACCGGUAGCAUCGGUCCCCGGAGCAACAGCGAGGUUGGAAGCGGCAGCGACACUCUUUCAAUUCACGAGGAUCACUUUGAGCAGAACGACGCGGCACGUCACAGGACGCAGGGGUGGGGUGCCGAGGAUGACAACUUCGAUCUGCGCAGACUAGAGCGUUGGGCCAUGAAGGUUUCCGUUCGCGAUGUGCACGUUAUCUGGCACCUGUUUGACGGAUUCGACUGGGUUCGCACCCAGGAGGUUAUCGCCAAGGGUGUCCGGGAGGUGGAGGCCAAAGCUCUGGAGCGGCGAGCCCGGGCGCAGCGCUUGGCCGACCGCGACGAGGAGUUCGAAGAGGACGAAGCUGUCAUCAGCGACUGCCUCUUCAACUCUAUCUACAUUGGCAUCCCGGCGAAUCGUGACCCGGCCGAGUUGACACGAGAUAUCAACCACUGCUUGCACGAUUUUGGGGAGACAGAGUCGGUCGCCACCACGGCCGCCACUUCCACGACAGCCCGGGCCACCGGGCAGCACCGCAGAUCCCGGAGCCUGAAGCUCAACCGGAGCAGGCACCACAAGAUCACGUUCGAGCUCAAGGGCGUAAACGCGGACAUGGUCGUCGCGCCGCCGGGAGCAGCCGACGUGGUCAGCGCGGCCGGGGUCCGCGUGAACGACCUCGACAUCUUUGACCACAUGCCCGAAUCGACGUGGAAGAAGUUUGCCACGUAUGACAUCGAUGCUGGUGAGCGGGAAUUGGGGGCCAGCAUGGUGCAUAUCGAGUUCAAGAACAUCCGGCUGGCCGAUUCGCCGGUCACCGAGAUGGUCGCGAGGGCCACCAUUCUUCCGCUGAGAUUGCAUGUCGACCAAGAUGCGGUCGACUUCCUCAAGCGGUUCUUCAUGUUCAAGGACGAGUCAGUGCCAGUGACACCGCCAAGCGACGUCCUGUUCCUACGGCGGGUCCAGGUCAACAGCAUCCCCGUGAAGCUCGACUACAAGCCAAAGCGAGUCGACUACGCCGGGCUGCGCUCCGGCAGCACCACUGAGUUCAUGAACUUCGUGACCCUCGAGGAAGCCCGCUUCGUGCUGGGCCAUGUCAUCCUGUACGGCAUACCCGGGCUCGACGAGCUGGGCACGCGCCUCCACGCGAUCUGGUCCAGCGAUGUCACGCGGAACCAGCUGCCCGGUGUUCUCGCCGGCCUCGCCCCCGUGCGGUCGCUCGCCAACGCCGGAAGCGGCUUCCGAGAUCUGAUCACAAUCCCCAUCGUGGAGUACCGCAAGGACGGCCGCAUCGUGCGCAGCCUCAAGAAAGGCGCCACGGCCUUUGCCAAAACAACCGGCAUCGAGGUCGUCCGGCUGGGCGCCAAGCUCGCUAUCGGCACGCAAAACGCACUGCAGACCGCCGAAGGCUUGCUCGUCCCAAACGCCGCGGCGGGCGACGGCCCCAGCAGCAGCGCCGCCGCCACGGCCGCCGCCGGCGUGGGCGUCCUGGGCGACGACUUCGAGGAGGAGUACGAAGAGGACGGGCCGCGGCGCAAGAUCAGCCUGUACGCGCACCAGCCGCUGGGCGUGGUGCAGGGCAUGCGCAGCGCGUACGCCAGCCUGGCGCGUGACCUCGCCGUCGCGCGCGACGCCAUCAUCGCCGUGCCCGCCGAGGUCAUGGAGAGCCAGAGCGCCCAGGGCGCCGCCGGCGCCGUGCUCCGCCGCGCGCCCACCAUCAUCCUGCGCCCGGCCAUCGGCGCGACCAAGGCGAUCGGGCAGACGCUGCUGGGCGCGACGAACUCGCUGGAUCCGCUGCAGCGGAGGAGGGUGGAGGCGAAAUACAAGAAGUAAAAGCAGGCCAUGAGGUCGGUUCACUGGAUACGAUGCAUGAGACC